AUGCUGGCAUGGGAACUCAACACGUGUGGCUAUCAUGGUGAAGAUGGACACAUUUAUCUUGGGAAAGAAGAAGGUGAAUCCUUUGGUCCAACUUAUACAACCGGUGACACAGUUGGUGGUGGUAUAAACUAUGAUUCUCAGGAAUUCUUCUUCACCGUAAAUGGAACUCUCGUAAGGACAGUAUCCAAGUACAUCAAGGGUCCUCUGUUCCCUACUGUAGCUGUACAUAGCCAAAACGAGGAGGUCACUGUCAACUUUGGGCAGGAGAAGUUUGCUUUUGAUGUUAAGGGGUUUGAAACAUCGGAGAGGAAUAAGCCACAAGUAGCAAUUGAAAAGUUAUCAAUACCUCAAAACAUGAACCAUAGGCUUGUGAAGAACUACUUGCUUCAUUUUGGGUAUGAAGAGACUCUUCAUGCUUUCAACUUAGCUACUAGCAGUAAGGUUCCUCCGAUCUACGUAGCUCAAGAAAAUGGCGUUGAUGUGCAAGAAGAGUCAUAUGCAUUGCAUGAGAGGAAAAUCCUUAGACAGAUAGGAGCGUUAGAAAAAGCUGUGGAAUAUGGAAGAUCGGAAUUAGCAAAAUUCACCGGUUUAACUGUAUUCCAAGACAUUGUAGAGGACUGUUUUGCUCUGCUUGUCUAUGAAUGUCCACAAGAAUCAAAUGUGGGACAUUUCUUGGAAGUGUCACAAAGGGAAGUAGUUGCAGACGCUGUGAAUGCAGCGGUUUUAUCUACGAAUCCGAACAGCGAAGAUUGGUUUUAUUCUCAUCUUGAGACACUUCUCCGGCAGGUAAUGGCGUGCUGUGUAGAACUCCGGUCAUCGAAUGACGGUCAGGGAGAGCUGUUCUCGCUUAACCGGCUUCUUAAGAACAACAAUUGCAAGAGGAUAAAGAAAUCUGGUUUUGAUAGGUGGCAGUGGUUGGGUUAG